AUGGCCAUGAAAGUAGUAGCCGACUAUUGCAUCAUACCCUUAGGCGUAGGGUCCUCGCUGACCAAGUACGUCGCGCAAGUGCAACGCGUGCUGCAGGAAAGCGCAAAGGAGAAGAAAGUCAACUAUGCUAUGCACUCAUGCGGGACGAAUAUCGAAGGAGAGUGGGAUGACGUGAUGAACACAAUCAAACGAUGUCACGAAGUGCUUCAUGCACCGCCGAACAACGCUCCACGAGUUCAUACUACCGUUAGGAUAGGAACGAGGACAGACAAGGAGUCCUCGAUCAAAGACAAAGUCGAGUCUGUGCAGCGGGAGUUGAAUAGUUCAGGGGCUACAUGGACACCAGGCGAAUGA